AAAACAUCCAACAUCUGUGUCGUAGUACAUAAACGAGAAUAAAACUGUUUAUUAUUUGUAGAACUUCAUAAACGUAAUCAAAAUGUUAGAUUUAUUCAGUAUUUUCAGUAAAGGGGGUAUUGUGUUAUGGUGUUUCCAAAGUACUAGUGAAAUAUUUUCGCCAUCCGUGAACGCUUUAAUACGUAGUGUAAUAUUGCAAGAACGCUCUGGCAAUAACACAUUCAAUCAUAAUGCCUUAACACUACAAUACAAACUAGAUAAUGAGUUUGAACUGGUUUUUGUAGUUGCAUACCAACGCAUACUCCAGUUAUCAUAUGUGGAUAAGUUCCUCAAUGAUGUCCACUUGGAGUUCAGGGACAAGUACAAGAAUGAGCUCCAGACAGGUCCCUGUAUCGUUGAUUUUAAUUUUAAAACUACCUUUGAUAAAGUGCUGAAGGAAUGUGAAAUAUGGGCAAAGUCACAAGCUAAAAUUCCAAAACAGAUGAGGACUUUUGAGGAUUCCCAAAAAUCCAAAAAGACGGUUGCAUCUAUGAUCGAACGCAAAGGAGAUGAGAAAGGGAAGAAAACUGUCAAAAUAGUCGAAAGUAAAAAUCUUACAAAUGGUAAAGCAGAGGAAGUUACAAAUAAUACAUAUGAUGAUGAUGUCAUCGCUGCAAACAGAGCCAAGCUAGCACAGAAGCUGGCAUCGAAAACAAAGAAGGAACCCAAGAAAUCUCCAAAGAGUCCCCAGAAGGCAGACCGCGUGAAGCAGCCCCGCGUGUGGGAGCUCGGCGGCGACACGCGCGACGUCGCUGUGCUGGACUACAGUACUGACCAACCAGGAGAUGCUGCUACCUUACUGCCGGACACGCAGUUGAUUGGUCAAAUGACUGGUGCCAUUCGUGACUUGGAAGUAGAAUCCGAGGAGAGCAGCAGUGAGGAAGAGGAGGUAACUUCUCAGCCGACUUCCAAGAAAACUGGAGGAAUGUUCAGUUUAUUAAAAGGUCUAGUCGGUGCAAAAGCAUUGUCAGAGGAAACGAUGCGACCGGUGUUGGACAAGCUUCGUGAUCACCUCAUUGGGAAGAACGUCGCCGCGGACAUCGCCAAUAAGCUCUGUGAUAGUGUUGCCAUCAAACUAGAGGGGAAGGUGCUAGGUACCUUCGACAGUGUUGCCAAGACGGUGAAGGCUACCCUCACCGAGUCCCUCGUGCGGAUACUGUCGCCGAAGCGUCGCGUGGACAUCCUGCGGGACUGUCUGCACGCCAAGCAGGAGGGCAGGCCCUACGUCAUGGCGUUCUGCGGGGUGAACGGCGUCGGUAAAUCGACGAACCUGGCGAAGAUCUGCUUCUGGUUGAUCGAGAACGAUCUGUCGGUGCUGAUAGCGGCGUGCGACACGUUCCGCGCCGGCGCCGUGGAGCAGCUGCGCACGCACACGCGACACCUCAACGCGCUGCACCCGCCCGCGCGCCACCACGCACGACACAUGGUCACGCUCUACGAGAAGGGAUACGGCAAAGACGCGGCCGGCAUAGCAAUGGAAGCAAUACGAUACGCGUCUGACACUAAAACCGACGUCGUGCUCAUCGACACUGCGGGCCGAAUGCAGGACAACGAGCCUCUGAUGCGGGCCCUCGCCAAGCUCAUCGCGGUCAACGAACCCGACACGGUGCUCUUCGUGGGCGAGGCUCUCGUAGGGAACGAGGCCGUCGACCAGCUGGUCAAGUUCAACCAGGCCCUCGCCGACUACAGCUCGUCCAGCAGUCCGCACGUCAUCGACGGAAUAGUGCUCACCAAGUUCGAUACUAUCGACGAUAAAGUCGGCGCCGCCAUAUCGAUGACGUACAUCACCGGGCAACCGAUAGUGUUCGUCGGAACGGGACAAACGUACACCGAUUUGAAAGCGCUGAACGCCAACGCUGUAGUUCACGCCUUGAUGAAGUGAACUUAUAGUGCUGUGCG